AUGAAUCCAUUUAAGAGAUACGGGACUGUUCAGAUACUCUGUUUCUUCUUAUGUAAGCUCUGUUUGGAAAGUCCACAGCCAGAGCAGAGGAUCAGUCAACUCCCGCCGCCCGCUAGAUGGCGCAGGCGGAAGCCAAACGCCCAGGCAUCCGCACCCCCAACGCCACGCCUCCGUUUCCUAGGUGACUUGCUGAGCGCUCCCUUGGAUAUCCGGUUCCGAGUUGCGCAGCGCGCACGCUCUGCGUGUGACGCAGCACGUUCCUAUAUAAAAGCGUGCGUACAGCGGAGGCCCGUCCUCUUCCCACGGCUGCUGCUCAACAUGGCGCCGCAGAAAGACAAGAAGCCUAAAAAGUCAACCUGGAGGUUUCAUUUGGACCUUACUCAUCCAGUAGAAGAUGGGAUUUUUGAUUCUGGAAAUUUUGAACAGUUUCUACGGGAGAAGGUUAAAGUCAAUGGAAAAACUGGAAAUCUUGGAAAUGUUGUUCACAUUGAACGCCUGAAGAAUAAAAUCACAGUUGUUUCUGAGAAACAGUUCUCAAAAAGGUAUUUGAAAUAUCUUACCAAGAAAUACCUUAAGAAGAAUAAUCUCCGUGAUUGGCUUCGUGUGGUCGCAUCUGACAAGGAGACUUACGAACUUCGUUACUUCCAAAUUAGUCAAGAUGAAGAUGGUUCAGAGUCUGAGGACUAAUUGGCCUUUGCUUUUAAUAAAAUGGAAAUAUGCUAAAGAAACCUAAAAUCAGACUUGUUGAGCAAAUAAAAAUCAUUUUACUCUAUAAAA